UUUUUUUCCAUCCGCAUGAUGCAGCGGAGCAACAAGCAGUUCUGUCUGAACAUUUUACUAAACAUUGAGACCAACAUUUGWCCCGAAGGAUCCGUCAGAAAUCCGACCAGAGUUCGAGCAGCGGGAGUGAAAAAGUUCAUUUUUGGACGUUUUGCGGCCGAAGUUUGACGCAGCUUUUCUCCGGACACCAGGGAGAAAAAAAGAGUUGGAGGGUCGUGAUGGAAGUGUUUCCUGGAGAAAAAUGAGAUAUUUCCCCAUUUUAAACUCGGAAGGUUUGAGGAUGAGGAAAGUCGGGAGGGAGAGUAAUUUAAAGUUUUCCAGAUGUCUGUUUUGAUGCGGGCUGAAACUCUUUUUACUCAGAUAAAGAAAAGUUUCUGCUUUUCUGCAGCAUCGCUGGAUUUAAWUUUUUUCUCUUUGGAUUCAUACAGAAAACACCCAAACCUUUAGGGAUAACGGGAUUAAUUUUAUUCUGAACUCAUCUUUGGGAUAUGAUUGGACCCCUUUGGAGACAAAACAAAGCAGAAAAAAGUCAAUAUUUGUUAUAAAAAUGAUAAUUGGGUGAAAUUCUUCUGAAACUCAAAACAAGGGAAGCCCAACGAUGGGCACACAGCCAACACUCACUGACAGGACUCCGAGCAUUCUCAACAAGGACCUGACAGACAAAAAGCCAAAGAAUGGAAAACCCUCCAUCUCCCUCAAACACGAGUUUGACCCGACAGGUCUGGUUCAGCGCUGUGUGAUAAUCCAAAGAGAUGAAAAUGGUUUUGGUCUGACGGUUAGUGGAGACAACCCYGUGUUUGUGCAGCUGGUCAAAGAAGAUGGAGCCGCGAUGCGAGCCGGUGUCCAGACAGGAGACAGAAUCGUUAAGGUUAAUGGGAGGUUAGUUACCCAUUCAAACCACAAAGAGGUUGUGGAAUUAAUCAAGUCCGGUUCCUAUGUAGCCCUGACGGUCUUGGGGAGACCUCCAGGACUUCCUCAGAUUCCCCUGGAUGAGAAGGAAGAGCAGGAGGAAGAGGAGGAGGAGGAAGAGGCAGACACGCCUCCUUUUCUUUCAGCUCCAAACUCACCUGCCCUCUCAGGUGAAGAUCAGUCCUGCUUCUUGAGCAGCAGCAGCACACCCUGCAGCCCUCAUAACCACAUCGCCUGCUCCUCAUCGGACGGGGAUGCAGCUUCAUGGUUGAGGAACGGUGAGGAUGAGGAGGGUGAUGGUGUGUCGUCCCUGAAGGAACAGUACCCACCUUUAGGUUCUGAGGGUGGGCACUCGAUCAACAACAACGCUACGAUCAGCAGCCGCUUUCCGGAAAGUUCAGGAAUAAAAGAGACGCCCUGUCAGAGUCCAGGCAUCAGCCGCAGAGAAGACCUUAGUUUCUGCUCUUCACCUGACGCUGAAGAUGUGCUUGAUACGGACUCCAGUGCCCAUUGCAUUGUGGGUAACCCUCCCUACACCCUCAACCUCCAGAUCAUCGGAGCGGAGGACGACUACUUUGACUCCCAACAGGAACAGAUCAACAACGAGUGCAGCUCGUUUCAGAGCAUCGACGUGCUGAAGUGUCGACCGGCUCACCUCGCCGUCUUCCUCCAUCAUGUGGUGUCGCAGUUCGACCCGGCUCCUCUGCUUUGUUUCCUCUACGCCGACAUGCACAAACAAACCAGCUCCAAGGAGAGUCGACGCUUCUUCAUGGAGUUCCACUCACUUUUUUUAGAUAAAACAGCCAAUCUGAAAGUACCAGUGCCUGAARCAAUCGCAGCAGAACUGGAGAAGCGAAGGCUGGAGCUGCUCCCUGAUGAUGUGUGCAAACAAUACUCUCAGGCGUUACAAGACUCGCUUUUAACAGACCUGCACAAGAACCUGGAGGACUUCAGACAGAAACGCAGCAUGGGGCUGACGCUGGCCGAGGACGAGCUGUCCAAGCUGGACUCGGAGCGAGACAAAGACCAGCAGGUGUCGGAGAAGGAGUGCUCCUGCGCCGAAAUCAUCCUGUCCAAGAUCGAGGACAUCCUGUUGUCGUCUCAACCCUCAGAAGAGGAGAAGUGCCAAAACAUGCAGCAUGUAAUCCACAACUAUAUGAAGCACCUCGGGGUGAAAGUAAAGGAACAUCGUGGGCUCGAGCAAAAACGUGCACGCAUUAAUUUCCUGCCCAGAAUUAAGGUGAAAAGUACAAAACCGGAGAAGGAAGKGGAGGAAAAGGUGAAAAAGCCACGAUUCCCCAACAUCCUGGGACCUCCACGGCGCCCGAGCAGAGUGGACUCAACUUCAGUGGUUAAAGCCGUCGAGCAGAACAAGCAGCGCUCACCAAAGUUCUCCCAGCUGCCCAUCGGGAUCCCAGAACUCCUCGACUCCUCCGCCUCCACCGGACGCAGCCAGGCGAACCACCCGAGCGAGGGGCCGGACUCCAGCUGCCAGUCUGGGUCCACCAGCUCCUCCCUGGGUCCCGGCUCCCUCAGCAGUCCCACCUCCGACACGAGCGGAGCAGAGACAGAUUCCAGUAUGUCUCCGUUCUGCGUCCUGCCCAGACUGGGUGAUGGUCUGCAGCCUGUGGACCACCAGGAUGGCCCCUCCAGUCCAACCAGCACUCAGUUUGACUUCAGCCCGUCCAACCUGGACCAGCGGGACGAGGACCAGGACGCUUUCAGGAUGGAAGUUCCGUCCACGGUGAGUUCUGCCGACAUCCAGAGCGAAGACGACCAAGCAGCAGAGGGCGAGGGUGACGAAGACCCCCUGAACUGGCAGAAACUCGUCAGUCGAGGCGUCCUGGAAAGCCUGACGCCGAAGGAGAUCAAACGACAGGAAGUCAUCAACGAGCUGUUCUACACUGAGCGCGCUCACCUGCGCAUGCUGAGGGUCCUGGACUGUGUUUUCUGCCAGAGGCUGAACAGGGACAGCAUCCUUCCUCCUGAGGACAUCAGACAAAUCUUUAUUAACCUGGAGGAAAUCAUCCAGCUGCACGUUUCUGUAACAGAACAAAUGGCAGCAAUCAGGAGGAGGAGCGAGACGUCAGUGAUUGGUCAGAUCGGGGAUGAUCUCUUGGAGUGGUUCAGUGGCGAGGAAGAGGAGAAGGUAAAGAGCGCAGUAGGAACGUUCUGCAGCAACCAGCCAUCGGCGCUGGAGCUCAUCAAAACCCGGCAGAAGAAAGACCAGAAGUUCAACUUGUUCAUGCAGGAGGCAAGGAGUAACCCUUUGUGUCGCAGGCUGCAGCUUAAAGACAUCAUUCCUGUAGAAAUGCAAAGAGUGACAAAGUACCCACUGCUCCUGGACAAUAUCGCUAAAUACACAGAAAAUGGUGAAGAAAGAGAAAAGGUGAAGAAAGCUGGAGAAUGCUGUAAAAAGAUCCUGAACCACGUCAACCAGGCUGUGAGAGAAGCUGAAAACAAACAGAGACUGGAGGAUUAUCAGCGACGGCUGGACGUCUCAUCUCUUAAACAAAGUGAAAAUCCUGUGAUCCUGGAGCUGAGGAACCUGGAUCUGACCAAGAGGAAGAUGGUUCACGAGGGACCUCUCUCCUGGAGAGCCAAGGACAAAACGAUCGAACUUUACACGGUCCUCCUGGAGGACAUCAUGGUUUUACUGCAGAAGCAGGACGAGCGUCUUGUCCUCAAGUUUCACGGCAAGAACCUGGCGAGCGCUGCCGACACCAAGCACACCUUCAGCCCCGUCAUUAAACUUAACACGGUCCUGGUUCGACCCGUAGCCACCGACAAGAAGGCCUUCUUUGUUCUGUCAAUGUCUGAAAACGGUGUUCAGAUGUACGAGCUGAUGGCUCAGACGGUGUCCGAUCGCAGAACGUGGCAGUGUCUGAUCACGCAAUGCGCCGACGCCAUGAAGGCCAAGCCUCACAACAACGUCACGCCUCCGGCCCGACCCGGAGCCGAGCGGAACGCUGCGGGGACGCCCAAACGGAGCGUGGAGCCCAGCGAGACGUCGAGGGGAAGUGUCGGUUCUUCUGGUUCCACUGAUGGAUGCGUUCUGGAUAAAGACGCCCCGUCUUCACCGGGCGUCCAGCCUCCUCCCAACCCCUUUGAUGGGUUGAAGUCAGAGGAUGAGGAAGAGGAGCUGGCUGUAGCGGACAGAGCAGAGGACGAAGAAGAGGAGGAGGACGUUGACGAGGCAGAACUGGAAGCGUUYUUGGAUGGUCAGCUGGCGGACCAACUCCUGCAGGAAGGAUCCAGUCAGAGCAUCCCGGAGGAAAACGAUCACGUGGAGUUUAACUCCUCCUCUUCCUCCUCCUCUAAAGCUGAAGAGGCUCUCCAGACGUUGGCGAUGCUGAAACAGGCCAUUUUCGCCCACAUGUCGAGCAAAGAGGAGGAGACAGAAGAAGCCAAACCGAGUGAGUUUCCUGAGAAUCAGCUGAAUGAGAGCCGCUCCGCCGCACCCCAUGAGAACGGGUCGCCUGAAAGCUCAGAGAAAGACGACCAGCAGCCUUUAGCUGUGGUCACAGGAGAGGCUAAAACAGCCAAGCAGAACGGAGGCUUUGUGGGUCUGGAUUUUGAGGCGGGUUCUGAGGAGAGCGGCGCCGACGACGAUGUUGGAGCCGACGUGCGGAUUGACAUGAGGAAGCUGCUGUCGUCUUCCUCUCAGGCGGGGAGCGGCGGCCCUGACCUCAGCAGGCAGCUGAUGACUCACCUGCGCCUCCUGCAGGCCGACCUGCAGUACCUGAAGGACGUAGAGAUGAAGUACAACGAGCUGCAGAGAAUUCAAACCGAUGCAGCUGCAAACUCAGACGACAACACUGAUGGGAUCCAUUGAUCACCAGCUUCCUGAUCUGUUUCAUAUUUGCCGCUUCGAGUUUCACCAUAAACCUUUGUGACAACGGAGGCUUCGGAGGCUUCGUGGGAAACUGGACGGUGUCGUCAUCGCAGUCAGGAUUUAUUCACAACAAACUCCACUUCGAUGUUAAUCCACCGCUCAAAUGAUUUAAUACACUGGAUUUAAAAUGGAAAAGGAGAGGGUUUGUGUUCACACAGGGGCUCAUUCAGGAAACAUAUUUUUGUACAAAAUAAAACAACAGUAGACGCCUCAAAACAGCACAGAAAUAAAUCCUCUAACACAGAAACUUCAUCCAAAACUAAUAUAAAAGUAAAAGAGGAGGAACAGCUAAGAUGGCUCUAAAUUAAAGAUUUAAAACCAGCGAACUAAAUAGUUUGUUGGUUUAAUUUGUUGAGGUGAAUAAAAUUGUACAAAGAUAUAUUAUAAAACGUCCCAAAAAUCUUUUUUUUUCAAAAUGUAUUAAAACAGUCGAUUUCCUCUAUUUGAAAAUGGCUUAAAAACCAACAAAUCAUGAGAAACUCUUUAAAUGCAACAAGUUAUAAAAGUUCAAAACCCUUCUCUUCAUCAGGGUUUGCACUUUUUUUUUACUUCAACAAUUCUUCUGGAUUUCAGGUUUGAGUCACUUUAACUGUUUCUGACCAGAUUCUGUCCAAAACUUAAGAUCUUUUAAAAUAAUAUAAGAAGUAUUUCUGUCUGAGCAAACUUGUUUCUCAGGUAGUUUCCACUAAGAGCACAUGAAUGUAGAUUUGUCAAGCAGUUUCCACCUCUGUCAUUCUGGCCUAUAAUCCCAGUCCAAUCCCAACUAGACUUGAAGAUGUUCGGCUCAACUCAGGAUCUUUCUCAAUUCAAACUAAGAACUGAACAAAAACUGGUUUAUCUAAAAACCAAAACAUCCAAACAGGAGCAGCUGAGGUGCAUUCUGAUCUUUAGCUGAAAUGACGUUCUGUGUGUAUACAGAUAUGUAUCUCACCAGGCUGAGCCUGCUGCAGGUUCAAAAACCAGCAACCUGUGUGGUCGUGGUUUUCAUUUUCUGAAAAUCAACGCAAACCGUUUGUGUGCAAACUAUAUUCUUGGCCUCAUGCAAGAACCAUUCGUACGCACAGAUUUGUUCUUAAGUUGUCCGUACGAGUGAUUUAGGAGAAUUUGUGGCAUUCA